AGGACGAGUAUUCGAAAAUUAAAAAGAAAUCAUUUCUAAAAUUUCUUGGAUUCCAAGCAAACAAGAAACAAAUCAUGGCAUCAGGACAACGGGAGGCAGAGAGGUCCGCGAAGGCCGAGAGAGCUGAGGCUGUGGCGAGUCUAGCGGCUGAAGAUUUGAAAGAUAUCAACAAAGGUGACGUGACGUACAAGGUGACGGAGAGGACAACAACUACCGAGCCAGAGAGACCCGGGCUGAUUGGUUCAGUGAUGAAGGCAGUGCAAGGAACUAAAGAAGCAGUGAUAGGUAAAAGCCAUGAUGCGGCUGAGUCAACGAGAGAGGGAUCCGAAAUUGCAUCAGAGAAGGCAGCGGGGAUGAGAGACGCCACAGGAGAGAAGGCCGGAGAGGUUAGAGACAGUACUGCGCAGAAGACUAAGGAAACUGCAGAUUACACGGCCGAUAAGGCGAGAGAAGCUAAAGAUAAAACUGCGGAAAAGACGAAGGAAACCGCAGAAUACAUGGCGGAGAAGGCAAGAGAAGCUCAAGAUAAAACGGCGGAUAAGACAAAGGAAACCGCAGGUUACACGGCGGAGAAGGCAAGAGAAGCUAAAGAUAAAACGGCGGAUAAGACGAAGGAAACCGCAGAAUACACGGCAGAGAAGGCAAAGGAAGCCAAAGACACGACGGCCGAGAAGCUGGGUGAGUACAAAGACUACACGGUGGAUAAGGCAAAAGAAGCUAAGGAUAAGGCGGCAGAGAAAGCAAAGGAAACUGCGGAAUAUACUGCGGAUAAGGCAAGGGAAGCAAAAGACACGACGGCGGAGAAGCUGGGUGAGUACAAAGACUACACGGUGGAUAAGGCGAAAGAAGCUAAGGAUACGACGGCAGAGAAAGCAAAUGAAACUGCGGAGAAGGCGAGGGAAGCGAAAGAUAAGACAGCUGAGAAAGUGGGCGAAUAUAAAGACUACACGGCAGAGAAGGCGACAGAAGGGAAAGAUGCAGGAGUGAGUAGGCUUGGUGAACUGAAGGAUAGUGCAGUGGACACAGCUAAAAGAGCUAUGGGUUUCUUGUCGGGCAAGACAGAAGAAACCAAACAAAAAGCCGUUGAGACCAAAGACACGGCCAAGGAAAAGAUGGACGAGGCGGGAGAAGAAGCGAGGCGGAAGAUGGAAGAGAUGAGACUUGAGGGUAAAGAACUUGAAGAGGAUGCUUCUAAAAAGACGCAACAGAGCACCGAAUCAGCUGCUGACAGAGCCCAAGAGACUAAGGAUUCCGUAGCCCAAAGAGGUGAAGAAGGGAAGGGAAGUAUAAUGGGUGCGUUGGGGAACAUGACCGGAGCUAUAAAGAGCAAGCUGACUGGUACUACGACGCCGUCUGACGAGGAGACAAGCGCCGCGGCCAGUGGAGGCGAGAGCACGGGGAAGACAAUUGUGGCGGUUGACGUGAAAGAUACUAGGCCUGGAUACAUCGCGACGGUACUGAAAGCGGCGGAUCAGAUGACCGGUCAAACUUUCAACGACGUUGGAGAGAUCGAUGAAGAGACACAGAAAGUGAAAGUCGUCGUGGAAGAGAAAGGGAAGCUGUGAUAAAAUUAUAACUAUACGUUUUGUGGUUUUCUGUAAAACGACGAUAACUAGUUUUUAUUUUCUCUGUUAUGUCUUUUUCGAUCUUGACUUGUAAUAAAACUACUGUUUUGCAUAUUUGAUUUUCGUUGUUGUAGUAAAUAAAUCUACUUAAUGGUGUUA